ACGAGAAAAUAGUGUAUGUAUAAAAAAAAUUGCGAAAGGAAAAUUUUUUGUAAAAGAAAAGGACCAAUCGUUUACACAUCAAAGUUACAUGGGUCAGAUGAAAAAGGUGAUGGUAGUGAAGAGAACCCCUUUGCCACAAUCCUCCAGGCUCUGCGCUCUUGUUCCAUCACACCACUUCCAGUCAUCAAAGUGGAUUCAGCGUCUGCUGAUAAGAAGUGGGACGAUGCUGCUAAGAGCCAAGUAAAAAAGCAAGUGAAACAGUAUGAAAGAGAACAGAUGAAGUCAAAAGAAGCUGAAAGAAAAGAAGCUGAAGAUCAAGAAAGACGAGAGAAGAACCUUGAAGAAGCUAAAUCAGUCAUUAUCACCCAGGAUCCCAGUCUUCCUGAAGCAAAAAAGAUCAAAAUUUCUGCUAGCAAGGCACACCAUAAAGAACGUGUGAAGGUUUAUGGAUGGGUUCACAGAAUACGGCGCCAAGGUCGCACAUUGAUAUUUUUGAUUCUUCGAGAUGGAACUGGUUUCUUGCAGUGCGUCUUGACAGAAAAAAUGUGCCAGACCUAUGAUGCUUUACUGCUUACUCGUGAAUCUGCUGUAUGUGUAUAUGGAGUCAUCAGUGAACUUCCUGAAGGGAAGAGUGCACCAGACAAUCAUGAAUUGACAGCAGAUUACUGGGAGAUUAUAGGUCAUUCUGUAGCUGGUGGUGUUGACAAUUUACUUAAUGAGGAUGCUCAUGUUGAUGUCCAGUUAGACAACAGACACAUGUUAAUUCGAGGAGAAAAUGUCUCAAAAGUGUUAAAGAUAAGAUCAGUUUUAACUCAUUGUUUUAGAGAACAUUACUUUGCUGAAGGAUAUUUUGAGAUAACUCCCCCAGCUUUUGUCCAAACACAAGUCGAAGGUGGUGCUACAUUAUUUAACCUCAACUAUUUUGGUGAACAGGCAUAUUUAACUCAGUCAUCACAACUUUAUUUGGAAACCUGCCUUCCAUCUCUUGGUGACACAUUUUGCAUUGCCCCUUCAUUCCGUGCUGAAUUAUCUCGUACAAGACGACAUCUUUCUGAGUACACACAUGUAGAAGCUGAGUGUCCUUUCAUUACAUUUGAUGAGCUUCUUGAUCGUGUGGAAUAUCUAGUCUGUGAUGUUGUUGACAGAGUGUUAAAAUCUCCUCUUGGACAUCUUGUCCAUGAACUGAAUCCAACUUUCCAACCUCCUAAACGUCCUUUCAGAAGAAUGGCUUAUAAAGAUGCUAUUGAAUAUCUAAAGGAGCAUGACAUUCGAAAAGAGGAUGGUACUUUCUAUGAAUUUGGAGAGGACAUUCCAGAAGCACCUGAAAGGAAAAUGACAGAUCAAAUAAAUGAACCAAUCCUUCUGUGUCGAUUCCCAGCUGAAAUUAAAUCUUUUUAUAUGCAGAAAUGUGCAGAUGAUCGUGCUGUCACUGAAUCAGUUGAUUUGCUGAUGCCAAAUGUAGGUGAAAUUGUUGGUGGCUCUAUGAGGAUGAAUGAUGAAAAGGAACUUCUUGAAGCCUAUAAAAGAGAAGGAAUUGACCCGACUCCUUACUAUUGGUACACUGACCAGCGUAAAUUUGGUAGCUGUGAACAUGGUGGCUAUGGACUUGGUCUGGAGCGUUUCCUCUGCUGGCUUCUGAAUCGAUACCAUAUCCGAGAUGUGUGCCUGUAUCCACGUUUCAUUGAACGAUGCAAACCUUAACUUUGAGCUGUUGACUAUAAUCUUUUCUACAUAAUUAAAAUGUAAUUCUUAAUUUGAAAUGCAGCGCUUCAUAGAGAACAGGCUCAACUUUCCAAACCUUACCUUUUAUGAACUUCAUUUUAUUUAACCGUAAUCAUUUCUUUUCUGUUUUUUAUUGACCAAUCUGAUAAACGCUUCUCAGAAAUUAUUGCCUUGCUAUUAUUAUUAUUAUUGUUGUUAUUGUUAAGGUGGUGAGCUGGCAUGCAGACAAAAAUGCUUAGCAUUUCGUCCAUCUUGAAAAUCCAAGUUCAAAUUCUACCAGAGUCAACUUUGCUUUUCAUGCUUUUGGGGUUGAUAAAAUAAGAGCCAUCUGAGCACUGGAAUCAAUUUAAAUGACUAGCCACCUUUCUCCCAAAAUUUCAGGCUUUGUGUCUAUAGUAGAAAGAAUUAUUAUUAUUAUUAUUAUUAUUAUUAUUAUUAUUAUUAUUAAGGCAGUGAGCUGGCAGAACCAUAAACAGCUAAAUGCUUUCAGGGUUGAUAUAUUAAGUACUAGUCAAGUCCUGGAGUUGAUGUGAUUGACUAUUUCCCCACCACCACUACAAACUCCAGGCUUUGUGCUUACUGUAGAAAGGUUACUACUACUACUACUACUACUACUAUUGUUAGACCAGUGGAAUAGCAGAAUUACUAGAGUAUCAGACAAAAUGCAUUACAGUAUUUUUUUUUGGGGGGGGGGCUCUUUAAAUUGUCAUUUCAAAUUCUACCAUGGUCAACUUUGCCUUAUGUCUUUUGUGAGUUGAUAAAAUAAAGCACCAGUCAAGUACUGGAGGUGAUUUAAUUGGCUAAACCCCUUCUCCAAAUUUCUGGCCUUUGCCUAUGUUAGAAACAAUUACUAUUAUGAUUGAAUUUAAUCCCACCCAAGUUGAUAAAAUAUGUACUAGGUUAAUAUAAUUGACUUUUCUCUCCCCAGAAAUGUGUAAUCUUGUGCUUAAGAUAAAAAUCAAACACUUGCCAUUCUUUUCAACAAACAAGAACUUAAUUUACAAUAAUUAGAAACAGUUAAUUAGCAAUAAUGUUCACAUUUUAGCACUGAUGGAGAUUUGAUAGCUAAUUAAUGCACUGACAGAUGUGUAUGAGUGUAUAUGUAUGAUUUUAAACAUGUGCAUGUUGAGUUAAAUGUUGCUAUAUUAGUCUGACAUGCAUGCAGUUAUGGCAGUUUACUGCUUGGGCAGGAUGUAAUCAGUGAAUUCCAUUUCACUUAAAGAGCAAAAUAUGGCAUGGUGAAAGGUUAAGCAUCAGAAAUUUCCCAGCCUAACUCUUAGAUGUUUUAGGACAGCAUUGCAUUUGAAUAAACAUUGUUUCUUGGGUGCAAGUCUCCCAAGCCUACUAAUUAAAUGACACAAAAGACUGCAUAUAAGAUAUACUUCAAAAAUAUGAAUCGAUUUAAUAAAUUUUGUGGUCAUUCUUAAUAAAAAUUUUGAUCUUAGAAUAGUAGGUAAAAAGAAAAUGUUGGAAAAAAACAUUGUUAUUUCUUAGUUGAUAAAGGCAGUAAGCUGGCAGAAUUGUUAGCAUGCUGGACUAAAUGCUUCGUAGCAUUUCUGGUUUUACAUUCUGAGUUCAAUAAAGUGAUAAAUGGGGUUGAUGUUAUCAACUAGCCCUCUCCCCCAGAAUUUCAGGUCUUGUACAUAUUGUAGAAAGAAUUAUUUCUUAGCUCAUAAUAAUAAUGAUAAUUACAUAUUUUACCAGAAAUGUAUUAAGAAAACAAUUAAUUUAAAUAUAAAUGAUAAAAGAACUAAUUAAUCAUUUUAAAAAUAAAAAGGUAGUUACCUUGACUAUUUUUGGCUGUCAUUGUAUAUUUGCCUUUUUCAUACCCAGUCGUUUCUGACAUGUAAAUUGAAAUACUAAUUAUGACUAUAUCACACACCAAAAUCACCUUAGUAAUGAAAUGUAAUGCAUACAUCCUUGUCUAAUGUUUGCUUAUUAUUCUAGGUUUUCUUCUUCCGUUAGCUAUGUGGUCCAUCAUUUCUUUCAUCUCACUUUCUCUCACCCUUUCUCUCUUCUCCAUUGGGUAAGUGAUGGAAAUAUUGUAACAAAGAAAUGUAAAAACGAUUUUGAAUGAAUAAAGAAUAAUUUCUGAUCUAAA